GACCACCUCAACAAGUGUAGAAACUGAACUUGUCCCUCUCAGUCUACCUGAAAAAAACGUGGCUUGGUGGAUCAUCUUGCUAGCAGUUCUGGGUGGACUGCUACUGCUUAUCCUCCUGGCUUUGGUACUAUACAAGCAUGGGUUCUUCCGACGCAAAAAGCAAGAGGAGAUGGAGGAGUUCAAAGCACUUGUGAAAUCACAGUCAAUGCACAGAGCUACAGCGGAUGACGACAAAUAGCGCAAAAUGAAAGUUGUGCAGUAUAUGUGAUGCAACCAGUCUUACACAUCCUGGAUACUGUUUAAUAUUUCCAAAGGAAGUGCACUGCCUUCCAUGCACUUUGCAUGGUUCAUUGUAAGCACAACUAAGGCUCUUUGUUGUAUCAUUUCUGUGCCAACCUGCAUCACUUUCUACCUUCUACCAUUCCUGUUACUUUCUUCUCACCUGGGUGUCCAACUUCAAUCUUUUCUUGCUCUAAUUUGAGAAGGAUAUCUUUGAGCCAAUUCUGGAAGAGAUUUGAAAUAUCUGACACCGUGGUCUGCCUAAGUUAGUGCUGUGUAAACCAUACAUCACAAUGUAUAUUUCUUUAAAUACAACAUGUAAACAUUUCUCCAUACUUAACCAUUGUUUGAGUUGUAGUGGUCUUGCCAGCCUAUUUCAUUUGUCUAAACUACCAAGUGGAAAAACCUGUUAUUCAAUCUGACCAAAAAGGUUUGUUUCUGGGGACAAAACUGACAUGUAACUUAUUAAAAUAUUGAUUUACAUCACGGUUA